AUGGGAGCGUACGCAGCGUCAAAAGGACUCAACUUUGCCCAGCCAAGACUUCGACAAACGUCGAGCAGGAAGCGAUGCAAGCAAGAGACCCUCGUGAAGAGCCUCGUCGACUUUACCAGCUGCUCGCGGUCCGAGGCCAUUGCCCUCCUCAAGAAGCAUGCGUGGAGCGUCUCGACGGCCGCCGACAAGUACUUUGAGGAGAACGCCAACAUUGCGAACUUGACCAUUGUCAACGAAGCGACGAUUGCCGCUUGGUUUGAUACAUACGCCGGUAAGCGCUUCGGGCUGCCAUCCCUCGAGCAACGUGACGUAGAUUACGACGACCCGGACUGCAUGCUCGACGAUGGCAUCCUCAAGUUUUGCGACGACAUUGGCAUUGACGCCCAGGACAUUGUCGUGCUCGUCAUUGCGUGGAAGAUGCAGGCGGCGGCCAUGUGCACGUUCACAAAGAAGGAGUUUGUGCGCGGUAUGAAGGAGAUGGGGUGUGAGUCGGCGAGCCAGCUCUCGGCCAAGCUCCCAGGUCUCCGCGCGCUCCUCGCGGACCCGUCGAGUUUCAAGCCGUUCUACUCGUUUUGCUUUCUGUAUUCAAAAGACCAGGGCCAAAAGAGUCUGGGCAAAGAGAUGGCGAUCGCGAUGUGGGAGCUCGUCCUCGCCGAGCGCUUCCCGAAGACGAAAGACUGGAUCGCGUUUCUCGAGACGCACAACAGCCACGGCGUGACGCGCGACACGUGGGACCUCUUCUUCGACUUUAUGCUCAAGGUCGAGACGUCCUAUGACGCGUACGACGAGAACGAAGCGUGGCCCGUCCUCAUCGACGACUUCAUGACGCACAUCGAGGCCCAGAAAAAGUAGUUUCCACAUCCCUUGACGCCUCUAGCUGUCGCCAUGUAGCCCUUCCCGAUAAGCUUUUUCCAAGAUCGUCCUCCUUCUACUGUAAUACCGACCACCACGGACGUCGGG